GAGGAAACCAACUCAGAAAAUGGUUUGUUCGACCAUCAUCAAGGCGGUGCUUAUAUCCACCGGAAUCAUCACCGCCAUGUCUAUGUUUCUAAAGGUUUUCCUUCCCGUAACAUUAUAUUUCUCCUUAUCUUUUUCGACCCUUUGGAGUUCCUUCCUCCCGUGGCUGAAACCGCCGUACCUCUUCGUCUUCGUCAACGUCAUGAUCACCAUUAUUAUUGCUUCUUCCAGAUAUUACCGGAGCAUUGGUGAUCACGAUGGUAAAGACGAGAAGAAUUUACACGGACGUGGCUACUAUAGGAUUCAAACUGAGCCAAUCGUCAACCAAACUUCUCCGCCACGGCUUGAGGUUAAGGAUAUGGAUCUUGACGUGGACUUUGACUUCAUGGCGACGAUUCAGCCGCCAGAGGUGGAGAGAUCAGAGGUUGUGUAUGAAGAGAAGGAGGAGGAGAUUUCAGAACUGAUUAACGGCGGAGAUGAGUUUGUUGUGUUGGAAGAAUCAGAGAAUCUCCCUCCGGUUGAGAAGCCUUUGGUUUCGGCUAGAUUUGAACACCGGAAAAUGGUCAAAGUGACUCCAAAAGGUACUAUCACUUCCAAAUGUUUAAGGAAAAAGGUGACGUCAUUCAAGACAACGGAUAGGUUUUUAUUCGAAUUUUGGAACACUAUUUAUGUAACUUCGGAGGGGGAUUAUUAUUUUGCAGGCGAUGAUAUUAGAAAGAAGGCGUUGAAAGUGGUGAACCCGAAGCGAGAUAAUAAGUGGAAGACGAUAUCGGAGGAGGGAACGUCAAGACCGUUGAGUACUAGUCAUUACCAGAGACCGGAUAUAUUCGGACUUGGCGCCGGUGGUGAUUCUUUGAGGAAAUCAGAGACUUUUAGAGACGUGACUAAUUACUAUCACCAGUCGUCUCUGACGGUGACGCCUCCGGUGAAGAUGGAGAAAGAGAUGUUGCCGAGUCUAGAGGACCUGAAUCGAAGAAUUGAAGCGUUUAUAAAGAAGGUUAAGGAAGAGAGGCUCGAGUCACUAAGGUUAGACAAAGAGGUCGCUUAGCUAGCUUUGUCGUAGUUAUUACUCUUUUUUACUAUUUUGAUUGUCCUUUUUUUUUUCCUUCUAUAUAUAUACACAUGAAAUGAAACAAAAGACGUUAAAUGUAACGAUGGGUACGUAUUAAAUUGAUAUUGUAAUAUACAAUAUACAAUGUAAUGUUAGCACUGUUUUAUU